AUGGCCAGACAAAAUCAUAACAAAAUUAGUUUUCUACAGUAUAAUGCUGGAAGAAGCAUAGCAGCGACUUCCAUACUCAAUAGUAUCAUGCACAACUACGACUUCAUUACUUUACAGGAGCCAUAUUGUAUAAAAAAUAAACCGGCUUGUCUCCCUACCAACUGUACACCGCUCAGGGGCACCACCGACUACCCCUGGGCUGUGUCCAUCGUUGCCAAUCAUAACCUCUCUCUCCUCCAUCAUGGGAUCUUAAGUACUCAAUACAUCUGUUGUACAGAAAUCGUCGUCAAUAAUCACAGAUAUAUUGUUAUUAAUUACUAUUCUCCAAAGGACCUAGAUAUUGACAUUCUCCUCAACAAUAUCCAGUGCAUCAUGAAUACCUUUAAUGAUGUUUACUUUAUAGUCACUGGAGAUACUAAUGCUCACUCCCCUGCUUGGGGAGGUGAACGCUUGGACCGCCGUGGCCGCCUACUCAAAGAUGUUUUUGCCCGUAACGGUCUGCACAUCCUCAAUAAUCCCCAUUCCCCACCUACCUUCACAUCAAGCCAGGGUCACAGCUGGAUUGAUGUAACAGCCUGUUCUGCUAGCUGUUAUCCUUCAAUCACCAACUGGAAAGUAUUGGAUGACUCAAUAGACGACCAUGCUAUCAUCUCUUUUGAAAUUGGUACCACAUCCCCUAUCAACAAUCAUCCUCAUUCUAAAUAUAAUUUAAAUCUUGCCAAUUGGACUGAUCUACAUUCUUUCCUUGACUAUAACCUUUCUGAUUGUGAUCAUGAUGAUCCCAAUAUAGUCCGCAUCGCAUUGAGCACAAUAUUAACAUCAUAG